AGUCUGCGAAUUGUGCAUGGACGGUUCGGUCGUAUUGAGAUACUUUCAGUGCUUCGUUAGUGACUGGGUUGUGUUUGUCAUUUGUGCGUUUAGGUGAUGGAAGUGGCUCUGCCCUGACCGUGGUCAAAAUGCAUAUCUUGGAAAUAGGCGCUGAGCAUGAUGAAGAAAAUGGUCAAGCCAAAGUUCCUGUUGAUGCGGCAUUCAGGACCGUCCCUCGCGAUCACACCACCUUCCUAGUAUGGCGAGUCACGGAAUUAGCGACAGAAUUACUCCCCCGCUCGCAUUACGGAACGUUUUACGAUACUGAAGCAUACUUAGUGUAUUCCGCGUCUCUUCCUGGGCAACCAGCCGGGCCUGAUGUCAUUCGGCGCGAAAUAAAGGAGAAUGGCAAUGGCGAAUGCGCUGAGCGUCACGUCCACACGUGGGCCGGCGAACGCUGCAGCUUGGGCCCACUGGCGCUGCGCCGCGCGAGCCAGCUGGCCACGCACGUUGCAGCACCCGUGGUCACGCACCGGGAAACAGCUACCAAGGAGUCACCGAGAUUGCUAUCCUAUUUCCGCGACGGUAUAAGAAUUCUCUGUAAUAGCUCUGGUAACCUAAACGGAGGAGGUCGCCUAUACCGAGUCCGCGGACGCAGACCAGUAUUACUGCAACUGGAACCGGUAUCUUGGGCUCACCUCUCCUCCGACGGGGUAUUCGUGUUGGACACGUCAGCUCUCAUUGUUUUGUGGUUGGGACGAGCAGCGAAUCUUAUCGAGAAGAUGUUUGGUGCCAAGAUUGCGUAUAGGAUGGCCCGCGGUGCUGACAAAGGCAUGAUGACCCGUCGAAUCACAAUAGCUCACGACGGAUACGAGCAAACGCUGCCACCGGCAGACCGAAAUCUUUUAGACGCCGUGUUGGAUCUCCGUGCUCGUUCCGUAAAACCAGUGGCUCCAGGGCAAGACCCUCCUCGCCCAGCUCGACUCUACAAAGUUACGCAACCGCCAAGAGCUGCUACUAUGACUGUGCCUUCACAGAAACCAGCUGCCCGUCUAGAAGAAAUUAAACGAGCCCCACUUCACAAAGCCGAUUUGAAUGAAGACAACAUAUACAUACUAGACGCAGGUUCGCGUGGUGUUUGGGCAUGGGUCGGAUUAAACGCUCCGAAGCCGCACUGCCGCGGCGCACUAGCCGCAGCACGCGGCUUGGCGCGCGCGCGCCGCUACUCCGGGCCCGUGUCGGUCGCUGUAUCUGGGCGGGAGCCCUUAGAGUUCGCGGCGCUGUUCCAUGAGUGGAACUGGUGCGAUUCGAGGCGGGACGUGAGGCUGCGCGCCGCUCGCGCCGCUACCACGAAACUGGACGCUGUUAGCCUAUCCACAAACGCGUGGUUAGCAGCCGAGGCCCAGGUACCGGACGACGGCUCAGGAGCACUGCGAAUGUGGCGCGUCCGACGCGAAGAGGAGUGUGAGCAUGAGCGAAGCGCGUUGCAAGAGCUGGAACGGCCGCAGCAGGCAGUCUUUUACGAUCGCGACUGCUACAUCGCCCUCUACACUUACCACGCUCCUACUGGCGAUCAAACUAUUUUAUAUUACUGGAUGGGUGGCUCUUCGCCAAAUGAUCUGAGGAAUUUGGGUGCAAAGGAAGCCAGAGACCUCUACAUAAAACUAGGGCGUCUUCCCAUUCAAGCUUGGGUUUACCAAGGCAAGGAACCAGCGCAUUUUCUUCAGAUAUUCAAAGGACGUAUGGUUACUUAUUGUGGCAGUGCGACUAAUUAUGACCCCAGCGGUCGGCGCGUGAUCCCGCCGCCGCGAGCGCUCGUCCGAGUCUCGGGACAGUACGCACGGGAAGCCCGCGGGGUGGAGGCAUGCGGUACGGCGGGGGCGACGGGCGCGGGGGCGGGCGCGUGUUUCGUGCUGCGCGAAGGCGCGCGCGUGUGGGUGUGGUGCGCCGCCACCGCCACCGGCGACGAGCGGGAGGUCGCUAAAAACAUGGCGGCCGCGGAACAUGUGCUUGUGAUGCAGGGAAAAGAAAAACCAGACUUUUGGGCUGCUUUGGGGGAGAGACGUCAUCUGUUAAUAGCAUCACCGCUGAAACAAAUGGAGCGACCGCUACCACCACGCUUGUUCUACGUCUCCAUUUGUCCACCCGCACAUUAUUCUUUCGAGGAGAUCGUGUCCUUCAACCAGUACGACCUGGCUCCCGAGAUGGCGACAGUACUGGACGUGCACGCGGCCGUUUAUGUGUGGCUCGGAGCGCACUCUUGCGUGCGCGCUAAGGAUGACGCCAGGAACAUCGGUCUUGCGUAUUUAUCCAAUGAUCCAGCUUCCCGCGAUCCGGAAACACCAAUAUUUGUCCUCAGCCAAGGACGAGAACCGCCCAAUUUUACUGGAUUCUUUCCGCAUUGGAAAAAUUCUAUGUGGAAGGGUCAUAAAACAUUUAGUGCAAUAGUUAGCGCCUUAGAAGGAAAAGCGAUAGUGCAAAAUGGAAACAGCGCCCUACAAAAUGGUAAUACUGAAAAUCAAUUCGACCAGCACGAAAAAUAUCCGCUCUCAGUUCUUCGAGGUCCCAAAGAACACAUGCCAUUGGAUGUUGACCCACUCACCAAAGAGCUUUACCUCACACACGACGACUUCGUUUCAACGUUCAAUAUGCCGUAUAGCGAAUUCCGAACGUUACCGACUUGGAAACAAAAGGAUAUCAAGAAAUCUGUGGGACUAUUUUAAUCACAACUUUAAUCGUCGCACCAGCACCGAAUAUUCUAGUGUAGUUUCAUAAUUGUCACAAAAAUUUAUGGAUAUUGUUAUAAACCUAUUGGAUGUUAUUUUAACUAA